GUGCUACGUUCCUCAACAUCUUUUUGUAAGAGCCAAGAAUGUAUAAAGAUACUAUAUCAUUCUUCUGUAACUUGUCUUGAAGGUUCAACGUGUGACGAUAUCUACCAGGAAAAUGUCGUGCUGUAGCUGUGAUGAUGGUGGUUGGUCGUGUGAUGUGAAGCCCAAGCCUAGAGCGAAGAAGACUUCGGCUUCAAAAAAGCCUGCUGCUACUGCUAGCAAACCAAGAAAACCCCGCAGCAAACAAUCUGCAUCUGCGAAGCCGAAACCAGCAGCUAAAAAGACUUCUGGAACUAAAGGUGUAACUAAGAAGACGACUACUACUAGGAGAUCUUCCUGCGCCGCCAAACCAUCUACAUCUAAGACUGAGGUAGAAGGAGCUGCAAAAAAGACUGCUAACAGGAGGACCGUUGUGAAAAAGACAACAGUCAAAAUGCAAAACAAAUGCGUCUGGGGCGAAGACUUAGACAGUAUCUGCUGUGCUUCCAGCGAUGAUUCACGCUGUAGCUGCAGCGACUGCCUUCAUUCGACCGAUUGCGAGUGCGGAGAAUGUGACACUUGUACAAGUGACAGCUGCAGCGAAGAUGACGGAUACGUCUGUUGCGAACGCGGCGGACGCCGUUAGAUUUCCGGGUGGCUGUAAUGUUUCGCUCGCUGCUGGUCAUCGAUUUUACUUUUAUUCACUACUAUUAUUAAUUUUACUACUAUUAAGCAUCGUUUUUAAUGUGUUUGUAAGCAAAGUUAGAUUUUGGGUGAAGAUAAGAUAAACAUGAUUUGUCGAUAUCUUCUAUAUCUUCCGUUGUUAUGGGGAGCUGGAAAAAGAUAUCGAUCAUGUUUAAUAAGAUGGGGCUCAAUGUAAAAUUUAUUUCUUGAAAUCGUAUAAAAUGCUCGUGUCAGCAUUACUUGCCCGAUAUUAAACCAUGUUUUUUUUUAAAUAAUAUUCCUCAAUUCAAACUCUAAUUUUGCAUUGUUUAGUGCCUUGUAUUUUAUUUGUUAGGUAUCAAGCUUAAUAUCCAAGGACCCUACGUUGUUAAAAAUACAAUAACGCAUAAUAUCUUUUACCUGGUGCUCCUAGACUAAAAUAUUUACUUGGUUGAUUCGAUAUUAAAAGCUAUGAGGGUUGGUAUCUCUAGUUUUAGCUCUGAACUUUAUUAUAUUAGAUACAAAAAUAUGAACUUAAUUUAUACAAAAAUACAAUUAUCGUUUAGUUAUAUUAAUCAUGUUAUUAUUGUGAUUCAUGCUAGGGACACUUGCAUUAGAAGUAUAAACCGUUGAAUGCUGGAUGGAUACAUGAACAUGAUUGAUAAGAAAAUAAAGUGGAGUACAUUACUGAAAAGGCUAUUUAUUUCAUCAACAUGUCAGCAGGGCAUAUAAUAAUAAUAAAAA